AUGUCCACACCCACCACGCAAACCGUCUACCGACUAAUCGGAGAACGAACCUCCAUCCACAACAUCCAGCCCUCCUCCGAGCCAAUCCCCACAGCCUCGAAACACGAGCUCCUGAUCCGCAUCCGCGCCGUCGCCCUCAACUACCGCGACAUCGCAAUCAGCUCGGGGCUGUACCCCUUCUACAUCAAAGACAACGUGAUCCCGUGCUCCGAUGCCUCCGGCGACGUGGUAUCCGUCGGCGAGGGCGCGCGCGGUUUCGAGAUCGGCGAUAGAGUCGUCAUCUCCUUCGACGUCGCGAACCUCUACGGGCCCCAGCGUGACUGGACGACCGGGCAUGGAGGCCCCAUCGACGGUAUGCUGAGGCAGUACAUUGCCGUCCCUGCGGCGGCGGUCGUCAAGGUCCCCGGCGGUUCUGAGGCGCCGCAGAGCUACAGUGAGCUGGCGAGUCUGGUUUGCGCGGGGCUCACGGCGUGGAAUGGGCUUUUUGGCGUGCAGCCUUUGAAGCCGGGGCAGGUUGCUCUUUUCCAGGGAACCGGCGGAGUCUCGAUAAACGGCCUCCUCCUCGCCAAAGCGGCCGGCGCGAAAACAAUCAUCACCUCGUCUAGCGACGAGAAGCUCGCGUACGUUCAAAAGAAAUUCGGCGCGGACCAUGUGAUUAACUACAAGACUACCCCCGACUGGGCUUCCAAGGCCCUUGAGCUUACCAACGGCCGCGGUGUUGACUUUGUCCUUGAGAAUGGCGGCGCUGGAACCAUUGCCCAGUCCAUCAAAUCUAUUGCAUUUGGUGGUGUCGUCUCGGUUAUUGGGUUCCUUGCGCAGGCGAAGCAGGAAGAGAUGCCUGAUGUUGCGGCACUGGCGAUCUCCAGGGGGUGUAUUGUACGUGGUGUGACGAUUGGCCCCGUUCAGAUGCUUGAGGAUCUUGUUCGAUUUGUUGGGAACAAGGGGCUACGACUUCCGGUUGAAAAGGAGUUUGGUUUCAGCCGCGACGAUGUUGUGGGUGCUUUUGAGUACCUCAAGUCUGCGCAGCAUGUUGGGAAGGUUUGUAUCAAGGUCGACUAA